AUGCUUUCAAACAGCUUUCCCAAAGAUCUCCGUCAUCGGAGGCUAUGGAUCGAAGCCAUAAAACCCGGUCAACGCGACUGGGAACCGGCGAAGUCGGCUUGUGUGUGCUCAAAACACUUUGCACUUGAACACUUCAAUCGGGCGUCGCCGCUGGUAGUUCGCCUCCACGAGGAUGCCGUCCCUGCCCCGACACCCCUUUCACAGCAGCGAGGAGGUGGUGCAGGUACCGCUGCGACUGCUCAGCAGGAUACCCAGCCAGAAAUGACAGCCCUGAGUAGCCCUCCUGGAGCCUCUCCGCAGCAACAGGGACCUAUGGAUUUAAGUGAAAUCCCAGAGACCCCGCCAGGCCUAUCACAACAGGAACCUGUGGAUGUCGCUGACAGCGAGGAGUCUCUGCCGAGCCUAUCACAACAGGAGCCUAUGGAUGUUGCUGACAGCCAGGAGACUCUGCCAGACCCAUCACAACAGGUUCAGUGA